CUUCCGCAAAGCCAUCAUCCAUACCAGAACUCGCCCUCGAUAGCAUCGCCGCUCCCUCACCUUUCAAAGGCCAUGAUCAUCUCAUCGGCUACCACUACCACAGCUCGCCGGUCACUGGCAUCUGCUUCCAGACUGGGCGCCCUCGCUGGUCCAUCUCGCAGCCUCGCCACGCCUGUCUCGUCUUCUUCUUCUGCACUCGCCGGAGGAUCAGGAUCUUCCCAACACCGUGUCCUUAUCGUCGGCGGAGGCGCAGCAGGACAGGCCGUGUCCCAUCAGUUGGCACGCACAGGAGCAUUCCCAGAGCACGAAGAUAUUGCCAUCAUCGACCCGAAGUCUACCCAUGACUACCAGCCGGGAUGGACUCUCGUCGGUGCAGGUCUGAAGACAAAGGAGGAGCUCAGGAGGAAUAUGGGCGACCUCGCCGGCAAUGGCGAUGGUCUCAAGCUAUACCAGGACUCUGUUGAGAGCUUUGACCCUGAGAACAACUCGAUCAAGACUCGCGAUGGGCGCACCAUCUCCUACGAGCACCUCGUCGUUGUGCCCGGCCUGGCACACUUCCCCGAGCGUAUCUCCGGUCUGCCUGAGGCCCUCGCCGAUCCUGCCUCCAAGGUUGGGUCCAUCUACGACUACGACUCCUGCGACAGGGUGUGGGAGUACAUUCAGGACCACAAGUCCGGCCCAGCUAUCUUCACUCAGCCUCCUCAGCCUCACAAAUGCGCCGGCGCACCUCAGAAGAUCAUGUGGCUUGCCUGGAACCACUGGAAGGACCAAGGAGUGAGAGACAGCAUUCCAAUUUCCUUUGCUACCGCACUCCCUGCCAUGUUCUCCGUACCCAAGUACAGUGCCGUCUUGGAUGAUCUGAGAAAGGAGAGGGAUGUGGAAGGUCUCUUCGGCCACAAUCUCACCUCCAUCGAGGGCUCCACGGCCACCUUCACCACUACUUCUGGCGAAAAGGUGACACGGCCCUUCAACUUCCUCCACGCCACGCCUCCUCAGGGUCCCCGCGCCUUUGUCAAGGACUCGCCCUUGGCAGACGCUACGAGUGGCUUUGUCUCCGUGGAUCAGUCUACUACUCAGCACACAAAGUACCCCAACGUGUGGUCCAUCGGCGACUCCUCUUCCCUCCCCACAUCCAAGACAGCUGCCGCCAUCACCGCGCAAGCUCCGGUCCUUGUGGCCAACCUGAUCCGCUCUGCGCUCAACAUCAAGGACGGCGAGGCGGCAUCGUACGACGGGUACACGUCCUGCCCUCUCCUGACAGAGUACGGCAAGGUCCUCCUCGCCGAGUUCAAGUACGGCGCCCAGGUCAAGGAGACGUUUGGCCAGCUCUUUGGUUUUGAUCAGGGAAAACCCUCGCGCGCAUUCUACCAUCUGAAGAAGGACUUCUUCCCUUGGGUGUACUACAACUCCAUGGUCAAGGGUACCUGGGCCGGUCCUAAGGGCUUCAGCAUGGGUGGUGGACUAGGAGCUGUCGCGCCUAAGCCCACUGCUCGCUCCUUCAGCAGCAGCGCCUUCUCCUCUAGCUCUCACUCCGGCUCGCGCCGAGCCUUCUCUACCACUCCGCGCCAGCAAAGGGACACGCCGGUGCGUCGCGCCCGCGACCCUCUUGACAAGGACCCAACCGCAAUGCGCUACCCCCUCCCCAGCGGCGAGACGCUCAUCGUGCGGCGUGCACCCGCUACUGGAUCCUCACCAGGUGGGAACCUGCUGCAACCUGCCCUACACGAGGUCGCAUCCGCAAGCGCUCAAGGCAGCGGGAGUGUCCUCCCCCCACCCCUCUCCCCACGCUCCUCCCACCCUCUUCGCAAAUCCCAACUCUCCCCGCAGCAAAUCUCCCAAAUCCAAUCUCUACGCUCCUCUUCCCCCCUGUCAAACACCCCUCGCAAGCUCGCACGCCAAUUUGGUUGCUCGGAACUCUUUGUAAGGAUCGUCGCACCGGUGGAUCGGGUGACGAAGCAGUUUAGGGAGAAUCAGGAGCAGGUGAGGCGGCAGGGAGAAGGGGUGGAGAGGGCAGUUGUGAGGGCGGAGAGGAGGGCCAGGCGGGAGCUGUGGUGAUCUUGUGGUGCGGGGGCAGUGAGAGCCAAAGAGAAAGGAAGAGAAGAAAGCAGGCUAGGGCGAGGCAAUGCAAUUCAAUUCAACAUCGUAGACUACUUUCAUCAUCAUCUCAUCUCAUCUUCCAGC